AUGGCCUUGGUAUGUCGCCAUGACGUAGUCCUUUUCCUGGUGAACAUCGACACAGCCGGAGAACAGCAGAAAUACGGAGUUGCGUUGGUGGACCAUUUAUUCACCCUACUUCCAGAGAAGGCUACAGUAGUUAUAUACUAUGAUAUCGGCUGUGUGCUAGAUCAGAGUCUUCGUCGAUUCGAUAUACUCCCUGACAGUAUGAUGAGCCGAUUGUUAUUCGCAACCUCAGUCAUGCACGCAUAUGGACACCAGUGGGCGUGUCAGCUGGUGUACAACCCUAGGUUGCGAGUUGGCCUCGGUUUGACAGAAGGGGAGGGCACAGAGAGAAUCUGGUCGAAAUUCCGGAAACUCAUAGGCGUGACACGUUCAUCUGCGCGCAAUCGACCUGUCCGUGAGAACCUCAGCGGCUGGAUACGAAGUCGAUUGAAAAAUGGCAUCGACGCACGCGCAAAGGCUGCAGAAAAGGAUCUCUGCAAGAUUCAGGUUCCAGUCACCGAACUCCGUGAACAGUGGUCGCAGCAACAGGUCGCCCAGUUGUCUGUCAGAGCGCAUGCUCCUUCCAGGCUAAAACGGAAGCUUGAUGCAGUCCUUAAUUUACAGACCGAACUCAAUGCGAUCGACAGCUAUUUCCAGCACGUGCAGAAGGCUAUCUCCCAAGAAUCGGACAAUCCUGAAGUCUUCCAUUUCCUUGACUCUCUGAGGCGAACUCACGAAAAGACUCUCAGCAAGGUUGAGGGGCUGUACACCUUGCUCAAUGUAGCGGGCUCAUUCCCCGAGAUUCAAGGGCUACCCCUCGAAUUCGUCCGCACAUUGCUGUUGGCUCGGGACUUGAAGAUGAAUAUUCGAACAAAGCUCCAUCAACAGACCCGCAAAGCGAUAUCAAAGCGGACGCCUGCGCUAAUGACCGCGAUCCGUAAGUUCAACAAGUAUCGGGCCGAAUUAGCCAAACUUCAUGACCCCGCAUGGAACUUUCCUCUUCCUAAUUCAUUGCCGGAGGAAUUGAACGCACCGCGAGACGAUGUGGGUCUUCUGACUGAUGUCUGGGUCACGAGAGUAUCUCCGACCGUUCCACGCUGGCUUGACGACACUGAUAUUCGCACUGGCAUACGAGCGGUCCUAGCCAAGGACAGGUGCGAGGAAGAACAUCGCACACUAGAGAUGGAAGCGAAUAACCUCUGUCGAACGUACGGGCUCAACUUGGCCGCUGUCGAACUUGCCAUACGACUUCCUGCCAGUAUGUAUAUGUACUUGCUUCGUUACUAG